GUCCACAUGAAUUAUAACUAAGAGGUCCCCCCAACGAAAACCCACAUGAAUUAUUAUUAGCAACGCGACGUACGUCGGAAAAUGAAAGCAGGUUUGGAGAGGGUUAGCUCGUCAUUAGCGGCGGCGCCGUUUGCCGGGAUGGUUGGGAUGGAAGGCUGCGCCAUUGCACUGACGAUAAUGGCGAAAACGGUGCUGUCGGGGGGGAUGGUGAAUCGGAUGGUGAUGAGCCCUUACGUGUUCGUCGUCUAUGUAAAUGCGCUCGGGACUCUCUUUCUGUUUCCCUUUUCCUUUCUCUACCAUAGAUCGUGGUGGUUGGGAUCUGGAGGAGGAAAGAAUAAUGAGAUUCUUGAAGAGAAACAACAGCUACAGCAACAGCAACAACAGCAGCCCGUUUUCCCGCUACUGGUUCGCUACUUCUUCAUGGGUUUUACCGGGAUAGCCCUGUCUCAAAACCUCGCGUUUAUGGGCCUGGUCUACAGCUCGCCCAUCGUCGUAUGUGCAAUGGGCCUCUUGAUCCCUGCCUUCUCCUCCGUCCUUGACGUCCUCCUUGGCGGCAGAGCCAUCAAGUCAACAGACUGGUCAACCUCAACCUUCAAGUUCAAGCUGAUCGGAACCUUGAUCUCGGCUGUGGGAGCAAUCACAGUGGUAACGUACAAAGGCCCUUACAUACGAGAAGCUCGCCCGUCUCCUUCCCCUCAUCUCCAACAAAAACAGCACCGUUUCGUCUUCUACUCGUUGGCUGACGCCGACAGUUGGGCCGCCGGCUGCCUCCUGCUCGCCGCUUCUUCUCUCUGUGUCUCGAUUUGGAACUUCCUCCAGGUAUCGUACGAAAUCAUCCGUCGUCGACGACGGCGCGGCGAACGUUAAUUACAUUUUAUUCGGCGUUGAUUCGGGUUGGAUGAUGAAUAUUGAUGACCAGUAUGGCAAUUUGUGUAUGUACGGACAGUCGGACACAGUGAAACGAAAUCCCAAAGUGAUGGAAGUGGCGUCGUGUUAUAACUUAGCCGGGACUGUUCAAUGUGCAAUGUUUGCUUGGAUCGUAGAACGAGACCUCGGUGCCUGGAAAAUCAAGCUUGUUGGCCUGGAAUCUAUGGUCAUUUUGGUCACGGCGGUCUUCGGAAGCAUCAUUAGGAGCAGUGUUCAUAUCUGGAGCGCAAGAGCGAAGGGUAGUUUAUAUGUAGCCAUGUUCCAGCCAUUCAGAAUUGUUUGGGCUACAUUUUUUGGUGUUAGCUUCUUUGUGAAUGGUCUGCACUAUGGAAGUGUGAUAGGAACAGUGGUGUGUGGAAUGGGGUACUAUACGAUACUGUGGGGGAGGAUCAAAGAAGAUGAAGGAAGAAAAGUGUAUGCUGAUGAUGUCAAGUGUUCUUCGGAUAACAGAGCCCCGUUGCUUGUCAAGGACAAUUCCCAAGUUUGAUCAAGAAUUUGUUUACCUAGCUAGCUAGCUACCCUGUCUGUCCACUUUCUAGAGAGUGUAAAAAUUGUACAUUGUCAAGCCUAGCUUUUGUUUUAAAAAAAAGAGAGUCAAGCCUAGCUGAUCCAUCUUUUCUAGUGUGUGGAGUCUAGCUAGUAGCCAUUUGAUGAUUUGAACAUAAACAACUAGUUUAUCCAACCUGUUUAUCGUUUAGUUAUUUUGUGAGAUUGUGUGAAAGUUUGAAACUACCCAACGGCCAAUACGGAAUACUAAACACUUAUACUAGCUUUGAGCUCGGC